AUGAAAAUAUUCUAGAGUAUAAAGUUACUUAUACAGAAAUAAGCCAUUAGAAGUAUACAUGGUCCAGGAAAAAGUAAUAAAAGUUAAUAGAAUGGUAUCUAUAUUCUAUUGAGCAUUUUAUCUUGGCGUGUAUUUUUUUUUUUUUUCCGUUUAAAUCAAGUUUUUUCUCUUGACAAAGAACUUGCGUCUAAUCAAGUGGAUAAUUAAAUUUUGCAAAAAAAAAAAUAUGACCACCUAUUCAACUUAGAAUUAAAUAAUGGGAAAAUGAAACUAUAUUUUGAAUGUAUUUUUUUUAAAAAAAAAUUAUUUAAUUAAAUUGAAUUGAUUUUGCAGUUUGUAUUUUGUAAGUUGCGCUCCGUACAGGGCAGAGAUAGACUCGAGCCGAGCCCCCAUCUCGUUCGCAUUAGAAAAAGUCAAUGAUUGAUUUUUGGUCCAAAGCAUUUUCCUCCUUUCUUUCUUUAUCAAUUCUAAUGCCUCUCGAAUUCUCAAUCUCAAUCCCAAAUGGAGGCUUUUAAGUUUUAAUUCAUUUCCGAGUCAGAAAAAGUAACACCCAUCCUUGAACUCUCACGCGCCGCCUUACGCGCCUCCUAUCACCGCUCAUUCCAAUUUUCGACCCUCCAUGGAACAUCCCAUGACGGACUCCGACCACAGCCGCCAGAACAACGUCCCCGUGCCAGAAAAUAAAUCUGAUCCAAAGGACUCGGCUCCGGGAGCAAAUGGAGAUGGGAACGCGGGGGUUGCCGUUAACGCAGCGCAAUCGGGACAGGAAUCGGAGUCGCUGGGUCCUGAGGGGACGACGAAACGCACCGUAUCUACCGGUAGCAUCAGGAAGUCUGUGCAUUGGAACCCUGAUUUGGUUUCUGAAACCACCUUUGUAUCUUCGCCUGAGCGAUUCCGUUCGACUAGUUUCUCAUCCUCAAUGUCCCAGACUUCCAUCAAUGUGAAGGAUACGUUGGAUACGGUUCGAAAUGUGCUAGGAAGAUGGGGAAGAAAGGUUGGAGAAGCGACGAAGAAGGCCGAGACUCUGGCUGGAAACACUUGGCAGCACUUGAAAACAAGCCCUAGUUUUACUGAAGCUGCUCUCGGAAGAAUUGCCCAGGGAACAAAGGUUCUGGCGGAAGGUGGUUAUGAGAAAAUUUUUCAACAGAUGUUUGAGACAAUUCCGGGGGAAAAGCUUCUGACUUCUUUUGCAUGCUAUCUAUCCACGUCAGCUGGUCCAGUAAUGGGAAUUUUGUAUAUAUCCACAGAGAAGAUUACUUAUUGUAGUGACAAUCCUAUUUCUUAUAAAUCUGACAACCGAACAGAGUGGAGCUAUUAUAAGGUAAUCAUUCCAUCACAUCAGCUGAAAGUAGUCAAUCCUUCAUCAAGCAGAACCAAUGCUGCUGAAAAGUACAUCCAGGUGGUCUCUGUCGACAAUCACGAAUUUUGGUUCAUGGGCUUCUUGAACUAUGAAGGGGCUGUUGACUCCCUGCAAGAAGUUCUGCAAGCCAACAAAGAACCAUCUUAAGAAUGGAAGCUGUGUGCAGUAAUCUAGACCUUCACCCCAUUAAUAUACAGUGUGUAUCUUGUAACAAAGUUUAAAGAUUUGAAAAUUCUGGUCUUGGGGCAGUUGGUUGAAGUAUCCCGAUCCCUGCAAAUUUUUGACAGUUUUGUGGAUAUAGGUGCAGGGUUCAUACCUAAAACCAUUUGACGGAAUUGCCAACGAUAUUCUAGUCUAUAGAAAUGUUCUUUGGUUACUAUUCUCUUACCUAUCUUUAUUCUUGCGUGCCAUAACUUGUAAUGUGAAAAGUAGUUAGCAACUAUCCUUUUGGUCAUUAGCUACUGAAUGUUUCACUGUCUCACCAACCCCACAGAACCUGCAUAUUUCUACUCUGAACAGUUAAACUUAGGUCACCAGCUCUAUGGCAAACCCGAAGGAUUGACUUUGUUCUUGUUCUAUGGCUUUCAAGGUUACUGCUAAAGUAUUCACCCUUUCGUAAGCAUUUCUGUGAGUCAUCGUCGUUUUUUCCUGCCAAACCUGAAUGUAAACUUUGUUUAGUAUAUUAAAUCUGGCUUAUAUCUUUGGACUAUCGAUUCAGUGGUUUCUUAGUUCGGUUUA